AUGUUUGGCGGAGUAAGACUGAAAGUAUCUUUUACGCACGAAAGAUCGUGUUUUUGUUACAUUAAUCCAAAGUAUAGUUCGAACAGUGAACAAUCUUUAUGUGUGCAAGUGUUAUCACGAGAAAAACAAGUACUCUUAUGGGCAGUAUUCAACAGUAGUGUGCCCGAAGGCCACAUAGCCUUUAAUCCCAUUUACAGCAAGAUGGUUGGCUUGGAAGAGGGAGCAGAAGUUUUCUUAGCCCCAUAUGGUGAUGUUAAGAUUUUGGAUGAAUUGUACAUUGACACUGAUAGCCCGGAUGAUCAAGAAAUAUUGGAACAUAAUGUAGAGAUUUUGCAACUAAGAAUAUUAGAUCAGCUCAGGCUAGUGGCUGCAAAUCAGAAGGCGGUUGUGUGGAUAUCAACAUCAUUACCUGUAGUCUUUACACCGAAACAGACUGGUUUGUUGGUCACACGUAGCAGGAUUAUUGUUAAAGUAGAUGCCUUCAAUAGCUAUCAAGGGGGCCUUACUAAUUCAUACGCAGGUGUUCCUAGUGAUGCAGACAAGAAAUUUAAUAAUAUAGGUAUUAUAAAUAACGGCCUUCUCCGUCCAUAUCUUAACGUACCACAGAGGUUAGUCUUACGAGCGUUACCUAUCGAUAGCGACGGUAAGAAGAACCUAAUUCAUCCAUACACUGUUUUUAUACAUGAAGAUCUAUUAGAUUCUAAAUUAAAAGAUUUGAUGAUAGUCCUCGCGACAAUGAGCAACAUUCCAUCUAUAAUAAAAGAUAGUGCAGAGGAAGAUACAGAUAAUAAUAAUUUGAUUAACGGUUUGUGUGUUGAAAUAGUCCCUAUAGACAAUGUUAUAUUUCGUAGCCUAUGUAGAGAAGUUUACAAUAAAAAUAUACCAACAGUACUGAUACCUAAGUCUUUGAAUGUAAUAAUUAAUGUUGAAAAUGGUACAAAAUUGAUAUUUAACGUCAUUGGAGAUAAAGUUGAACAACCAGAACAUAUUGAUAUUGUAACAUAUUCAGAUAAGGCUCAGACUGAAACAGAUGUAAUUGAAAAAUUUAAGAACUGCGUUGUUGAAAAUACUCAUUCGGGAAAGAAGUUUUUGAUUAACGACGGAAUGGUAAAGCAAAAUGUACAUAUAAGUAACGGAUUCCUAAGAUUUAAGCUAAAGCCUGAUAAUUUGAAGUAUACAUUAUUAAAUUCCGAGUCAUUCCGAGAUUGUACAGUGUCGGCAAAAUGUUUGAGUGAAUAUGAUUUAGUUAUGCCAAAGUUACCUUUGUCGAAAUUGGAGUACGAUUACAAACACUAUUGUAGGAGUAUUAAAUCCUCUCAAGAGCUAGUAAAGAAGAUUACAUCACAUAUAGACUUUGAAAUACAAAGGGAGGCUUGCUUUAAAGGUGUUUCUGAGAUAAAGAGUAAUGUAUUAAUUACUGGUCAAAGUGGCGCAGGGAAGACAUCAAUAUGCCACAUAGUUCAAAAGGAACUUACUCUAUGGUCACACAUAUUGCACUGUCGUUCACUCAAAGGUCGGAAGGACAUCAUUGAAGUGCUGAGUAAAGCCAUAUUAAUGUGUCAAGAGCACAGUCCGGCGGUUUUGAUCUGUGAUGAUAUUGACGCUUUAAUACCGCCUAACUUAGAAGGAGUCGCGCCACAAGACAUUGCAUAUUAUCAGAGGUUGGCAGUUGUAAUCAAGCAAAUGUUACAGACAUGUCCCGGUGUAUGUGUUCUGAUGACAGCUCUUAGUAUGCAGUCGUUACAUCCUACUCUUAAGCAGUUUAACGGAAAACCUUUGUUUACAUCUCAUUUCGAUAUACCAGAGUUGAAUCAAGAUGAAAGAAUAGAACUCUUCAAGCAUCUAGUGAACGAUAAGAUUCGGGAAUCGUUUUUGAUUGAAGACGAUGACGUCAUAAAAUUAGCUAUGGACACUGGUGGGUGUAAUGUUAGAGAAAUUGUCGAUUAUUUCAAUAAGAAGAUAUUCAAGGCGAUUAAAGCAAAAAGCACACAAACAGACAAGCCCAGGUUCGUUUCUGACAUUAAAGGGGACACAGAAAAGGCUCGCGCUUUUGAUAUUUGGGGUCCAGUCGGUGGUUUGAAGGAUGUCAAGCAACAACUGACCGAAAGCAUCUUCUGGCCUAUCAUGUAUCCAGCUCUAUUUCCAUCCCAAUCUUGUGGUAUCCUGCUAUACGGUCCGCCGGGCACCGGCAAGUCUCACAUCGGCUCGUGUUUGGCGCGUCUCACCAAUAUGAAGCUGAUAUCAGUCAAGGGACCCGAACUGCUAUCCAAGUACAUCGGGCAGAGCGAGAAGGCCGUCCGCGAUAUAUUUGACAAAGCAGACAUGCAACGUCCAUGUAUCCUGUUUUUCGACGAGUUUGACAGUCUCGCGCCCAAACGCGGGCACGACUCGACGGGCGUGACGGAUCGCGUUGUGAACCAGUUGCUAUCGCGACUGGACGGCGUGGAGGGCGGAGCUCGCGGACCCGUGCUCGCCGCCACCGCGCGCCCCGACCUCGUGGACGCGGCGCUGCUGCGCGCCGGCCGCCUGCAGCGACACGUCUACUGCGGGAUGCCGGACCGGGCCGAUCGGCUAGAAAUUCUCAAGACGUUGUCAUCAAGUAUGGCGAUCGACGAAGAGGUGGAUCUCGACGUAGUCGCGCAGAAGACCGACGGCUACUCGCCAGCGGAUCUCAAGUCGCUGCUCGUUACUGCGCAGUUGGGGAGACUGGAAAGACAAUUGGUGAACACCGAUGACAGGAAUCUAGACUCAGUUACCGUGUGCAAUGAGGACAUAGAGAGUGCGUUGCAGGAAACUAAACCGUCUCUCUCGAGCGAACAAAGGCUGUUUUAUGACACGAUUUAUAAAAGAUUUCGCGGGGAGACGCUUUCGCCGGAACAGAAGCUAAUAUCACAGAUGAUGCAAAAACAAAGAGUCACGUUAGCUUAAAAAUGCUUGAAAUUCACACUUUAAAGUAACCAAGUUACAGCAUAUAAUCAUCAAGCUUUGAGUAAAAAAGUUGUAUGAUUCACACAAAAUGUAUGACUCAUUCAAUUGUUUGCCAUCAUAUUUGAUUAAACCCGCUUAUAAAGUGAAGUGUAGUUAUUGAUGUAAUAUGUAUUACUUAUACAUUUUAUCGUUUAUGCUUUUAAUUGAGUACUGUACAAUGAAGAAUAUAUGUAUGAAACAUACAAAGUUUGUAUAGAUAGACAAAUGUAUAUCCAUAAUAGGUUAUGAAUAAAACUGGUGUGCAAUAAUUUGUAUAAAUUAUAUUACAUUCCAAAAUGAAGGAA